AUGUCAAAUGAUAGUGAAACCCCCACUGUAAUAGGUCAAGGCGCUAAGCCUAAAUGCGGGACAAAUAAACCACCCAAGACGGAUGUGAGUGUUAAAGGUGAGGUUCAAAGAGAAGCACAUGAGUGGUUAGCUGAAUGCAAACAAGAGUUAGAAACCCUCAAACAAGAAAAAGAAAAAGGAGGAAAUCUUAGCAAGAAUGCAAAUAAGGCGGAAGAUAUAACAAUAGCUUGUGAUGUAGCAGACAACAAGAAUAUUCAAGGUAAUACAGCAGAUGAUAAGAAAGUUACUGAUGGUUCAGCAGACGACAAAAAACAAACUAAAAAUGAUGUAGCAGACGACAAGCAUAUUCAGGCUGAUACAGCAGAUGAUAAGAAAGCUACUGAUGGUUCAGCAGACGACAAAAAACAAACUGAAAAUGAUGUAGCAGACGAAAAGCAUAUUCAGGCUGAUACAGCAGACAAUAAGAAAGCUACUGAUGGUUCAGCAGAUGACAAAAAACAAACUAAAAAUGAAGUAGCAGAGGAUAAGACAAAUAUGAAAGAUGAUACAGCAAAUGACAAGCUAGACAUUGAUGUUCUAGCAGACGACGGAAAAGAUGCUCCAUGUAAAGAAGCAGAUAAUAAAGAUCACAAGAAUCAAGAUGAGAGCGAAGAAAAAUCAAAACCAAUGCGUUACCUCGUUCCAAAGGAGAUCCAUGUGAAAACUAUCCAGACGUUGGCAGAAUUAACCUCCAGAUGUAUAGAACAGUUUCACAAAGCAGCAGAAUUAAUGCUGCUUCACCAAGCCAAGGAACACUUCAGAAACCCAAUCCAAAUUGCAGCUAGCCUAUCUAAGUUAACGAGUGUACUAUGCUGCGAGGUGAGUAGCCUUACGUCGUCAUUCUGUGAGCAGCUCACGGUUGCUUAAGACGUCAUGGGAGAGGAGGAUGAUGUGAACUCAUUUAUUACAAAUUCCUACUUGGAGGGCUCCAACAGCAUGUCAUAUAUUCAGGAUGCAUUUCAGCUUCUUCUUCCAGUUCUACAAGUUGUUGCCAUCGAGUAUGAAGAAUAAAACCACUAAAGAAAAUAGUUACCAGGUAUUUAAGACAAUGAAUUGAGAAUAGCCUGAUUCAAAUAAGCCAAUGAAAGCUGAUGUUUGCACAUGCAGUCCUGUCUUUUGUUAUAGAUCAAAAUGCAUAUUUCCAAACACAUUACUGUAAAAACUGUUUGGUUAUGAUAUCUAAUUGGAAAUUUUAUUUGUAUUAUGUGGAUGCAGUUCAGUGCAGUGGAAAUGGGUUGGUUUCCCAACCACUUGGUCGGGGUUUAAAUCCUUCGCUGAGUAUUUUACUUGUGUCUAAGCAGUGUACUACAUUGCCUCAUCAUAACCAAUCAAUGAGUACCAGCAAAUUCCUGGAAGUAGCCAGUGAUGGACAAUUGUCCCACCCAGGGAGAGCAUCUCCUCCGCUUCUCGAUACUUAAAACUGGUGAUAAGCUCCAGCGCACAUGAGCCCCGUGGCUCGGCUAGGAUUACUUUUCGUAUGUGUGCAGUAUAAUAACCUCAAGCAAGGGAAAGAUUGCUAAGCAAAGCUAUGAUUGUACACAACGAACCUUACAAAUGUCGCUCUACAGCAUUUGUGAAAAUGAAUGAAGCUUAGAUUACCUAGGAUGGCCAAGAAAGGCAUGUGGUUAUGGGAUAGAAAAGAAAUAGAUUUAUUAUGGUCUACAGCCACACACACACACCUACAGGUUUACACACAUGAACUCAUACUUUAUACCAGCUGAACUCAAAUAUCAGUUGCAAGUUUUUUUCACAACCCACUAAGCGCAUUUAUCUGGAUUCCACCAGAUUUACUUGCAACAUUCUUUUCAUUAGUAUAUUUGAAUGUAUAGUACUGAGUAUACAGAUGCGCGCAGUGUUGAAGAAUACAAACUACGCAAUGAUAUGUCGUUGUAGUAAUCAUAUCUAGUGUAUAUGUGGCUUAAGGCGGGUUUAGGAAAAAAUAAUUUAUUAAUUUACAUAUCAUGAAGCCCAACACCGACAGCGCCCUACAACACAGCCUGAUGCAAUUUAUCGUCGGAGACAGUCUUCAGGUCAUUGUGAGAAUAUUAAACAUGUUUAAUAUUCUAUGACGCAAGUGUUCCCGGCGCAGACCUAUUGCAUCAACAUUUAACUCACAAAGACCUGACGUGACAGCAAAUCGUGUCAGACUGCGAUGUACGACGCUGAGUUGGGGAGACUAAAUACGCAUUGAACAGUAGUUGAAAUUGCUUAAUUUGCAUAUUUUAUUAAAUACUGUACUUAGCUUUCAAUUGAAAAUUCAAUAAGAGUUUUCUCUCAAAUUCACAGAUGCAAUUUAUAAGACAGUUCUUAUGUCCUUGUUACCGACUAGCAAUCAAUUUUAAGAUAAUCCGAGUGAAACAUUUGUAAAUUUAUUAAAUCAUGUUUUCGACAGGAUGCCAUCACAGAUGGUUUAUCUUAUAGUGUUAUACUCAUUUGAACAUUAAUAUAUAAGUUAAGAAAAUAAUGGAACACAACAAUAAUAUAUACAUGUCCAUGAAGCGUCACGUUAAUAACAUCUGCAGAAGAGUAUCUUUUCAACUUUGAAACAUCACACAGGUUAGAUGUUUUCUUAACGAAGAUGUUGCUUCUAAACUUGUAUACGCCUUAGUAACAUCCAGAUUGGAUUAUUGUAAUGGGGUCCUUUAUGGACUGCCUCAAACUUCAUUUAAUAAGCUUCAGCUGCUACUUAACAUCGCUGCUCGGUUGGUUACUGGAACACCUAAACGUCAACAUAUCACACCAGUUUUCCGUCAUCUUUAUUGGUUGCCCGUGAAGAAGCGUAUUGAUUUCAAAAUUUUAUUGUUUGUUUACAAAUCCAUUCAUGAGUUAUCUCCUAAAUACAUUUCUCAACUAAUAUUAAAUCUCGCUCCUCAACAUGCGCUCAUACCCUCAGAUCAACAUUCUAUAGUCCACCCUGAAGGUUAAAGUCGUGGGGAGCAUUUAUUCAUGGUUGCUGCACCUAAAUUAUGGAAUACUAAUCUCAUUUAAAAACUCACUUAUUUCGUUCUCUUUGAUUUCCCCUUUUCUGUCCCUUGCCAGCUAGCUUUUUUGUAGUUCUAUCAGGAUAGGAGGCGCCUGAGUCCUGGGAUGGCCGAGACUCAACUGGUGCUGGACAGGGUACAUUUUGAUAGAUCCCUGCCCAGCGACGAGGGCGUAUCCCCAUACUGCGGUUUGGGUGCUGGUUUGGAUUUUCUUUCUUUUUUUUCCAGUUAUAUCUGCUCACUUGUUCUGUGCAUAGACUCUUGCAAUAAAUAGGCCUACAACGUAGGCCUAUUUAUUUAUUUGAAUUUACACCUUCAGAUCGGUGGCAUAUGUCGGCCUCAUCCUGAGUUUAAGGUAUUUAACCUAUUUUACAUCACGUCACACACACCAACUAAUGCUAGGCCCGUACAAUUCAGCAAACGGACUGUGCCUCUCAGGAAAACAUCCCUCGAGCGGGACUGAACACCUCAGCGAUGCUUCUCCUAAACAUAACAUUCCUGUUGCUCAGUAAAUCAUUCUACCUGCUUUUGUCUAACGAGCAGAAUUUACCUGUCUAUUGUCUUUAUGAUAAUGAACGCAACAAGAGUUUGUUUCAUCGGAACAGUGAGUCCUUUAUGUGGUAUUACAAUGAAGCCAGUGGAGCGAAACCUUCGCGUAAAGGAUCAAGAAAGACGAAGUUCGGUUCUUGUCCAAUACAUUAUUACGAAAAUUGCCAGGCUACUUUUAAUAUUACAUUGCUCAAUGAUGGUGACAUCGAAUCAAAUCCAGGACCUAGAAACAAUCAAAAUGAUGUUCAUGCCAGUGUUGCCAACGUCGUCGACACCAACAUCAAACAACAUUCAGGCCUGCGCAUCGGUCACUUGAACGUCAAUAGCCUUCUAAGCAAACGUGACCUAAUAUCCUUUUUUAUAUCGAACAAAGCAUUACAUGUUUUAACAUUGUCGGAAACUAAACUUUGUCCAACCAUAUCCGACCAUGAACUACGCAUUCCAAACUAUACGCUGAUAAGAAAGGAUAGAACAAGGAAAGCGGAGGCGUGGCGAUGUAUUUGCAUCACUCUUUGGAUUACUCGGAAGUAUCACUGACGCACGAUAAUAUUGAGUGUAUGGCGGGUAACAUCUACUGACCCCCAAACGCAACCGCUGACUUCUUUACCCUUCUAGAGAACAACUUGAACUCGUGGAUCCUUGUCUACUCUAACAUUAUUCUAUUAGGAGAUUUUAACAUUUGAUUUUCUGACGAACUCACCUAAUAAAAAUCGACUUACUGCAACUAUGGAUUUGUUUAACCUUUUACAAUUAAUCGAACAACCGAUGAGGACUACCCAUAAUACGCAAUCACUCAUUGAUCUUAUUUUAACGUCAUGUCCGCAAUUUCACCAGAAUACCUGUGCUAUGCCAUGUGGAAUUAGUGACCAUGAUUUUAUUUAUAAAAACUUAAAUUUUAAGGUUAUCAAGAACAAGUACUUUUCAAAAACUUUCCGCAAUUUUAACAAAUUUACUACUAAUUUAUUUCUGUCAGAUCUCCAGAAACAACCAUGGUCGCACCUUCAAAGGUCACACCUUCAAAGCAUUACUGACGUUAAUGCUGCAUUGUCUCUAUGGACUGAAAUGUUCUCCAGUAUUUGUAACA